AUGUCGGAUAUCAAUGAACAGCAGACCCCAUCUGGAGACAAGCUGGAACUCGGGCGACAGAUGGUGCGGAAGUUUGCGGGGGACAAGCAUGUGGACGCCGUCGCAGCUACCAUGAAAAAGGACCACUUCUCCAAAGUCAGCGAGGAGUUCAUCUCGGAAGUGUGUUGGUCUGGCUACGCGAGACCGGGGCUCGACUUCAAAGAGCGCGCCUUGAUGAACAUCGCCAUGUUGACGGCGUUGGGGAGAGCUCCCGAGUUGCGCAUCCACAUCCGCUGCGCCGUCUACAAUGGUUUCACCGAGGAAAAGGUCGCCGAGGCUUGUCGACAUGCCAUGGUCUACUGCGGCGUUCCUGCUGGCCGAGAUGCUCUCAUCAUGCGAGCGAGGUUUGACGAGCUGAGGAAGCGGGCGACUAUCCGAUAA